AUGACCAUGCCUGAAGUGACAUUUGCCCUAGCGUCCAAUGCUUUGAAAUUAGAAGCAGGUCUCAGUAAGAUGAUAUUGGAGACGAGGUAUAUAUUGUUCAGGAAUCAGUCCGACAUUAUUUACUCAAAAGCAGAUCAAGAUCCAUUUAAAAGUUCACCCUUUAGCUAUCAACAAGUACAAAAUAAAGGCCAGUUAGCCAUCGUAGCUGAAGGUUGUGUGCUAGUUGGCUACGCUUUAGUGAAGUUGGGUGGACAUUCGGUAAACUUGGGGCAUGAUACAUUUCGGGUUAAAGGUUGCAAAUUUAGUGUAGAGAUCUCUACAUACAAUUUCGGAGGACCACCUGUUAUAGCUCCUUAUUUUUCACAUGAACAAAGCAAACAGUUAGAACUGUUGUUGACGAGGCCGAUACGAGAAGAAAUAACGGCAAAAUUGCAAGCUGCAUUAUUUACUUAUAUAAAUACAUCUCUCAUAUUUGGAGAUUAUUUGUCGAAAUUCCGAGAAUACCAAAAAAACAUAUACAAAGAGAGUAUAAAACAUUUGAAUGAAAUCGUCCGAGGUAUUAACAAUCAAACUGUUGAAAUGGACAAAGUAACCGUUGACCUAGACGGAAUUGCGGUAUCAUGGAAUUUUACUUGCCAAAAUGAAGGAUUUUGCUGGACUAAAAUGUUGAUUUCAAAUGUUACAUUACAUGGCUUAGAUACGUUAUAUUCAUCGCAUACUGGUGGGCCUUUCAAACUGCAAGGUGCAAAAAUAGCUGAAUCUUUUAGGUUUAAUUCAAUGACGGUACGUGGGAGCAUUUGUUAUGAAAAUAAUACUUUAAAGGGAGAUCAUGAAUUCGUCGCUGAAAUACGGGACUUCACGGUGAAUAUCGAGAUGGAGUUGAACAAAACAGAAGUGAUCGUUGAUGUUAUGAGUUGGCGAAUUUUAGAAUUGUCCGUAAUUGAAUUGAAUCAUUUAUUUAAAAAUCGUAAAUCCGCACAUUCCUUUAUACACGGAUAUUUGAUACACACGAUACCUGGCGUACUGAAAGAUCAUAUUUAUAAUUUCUUCAUAGAAGCAUUAAAGAAAAUUGACAAUAGAAAAGCACUUAAGAAAUCGGAUAAUAUGGAUAAAACUUGUCGUCAC